GCUCUGUCUGCUUUUAGCUUACUCACAGUAGAAUGGCGGCCGCCGCUUGCGGUCCUCGCGGCUGUCCGAGGACUAAUUCAGCCAAACCACACAAAGAACUGCUGCGAAAAAGCCGGGAUUCUCGUCGCAGACAAGCGGCGUUGUUGUUUCUCACUAAUAUAUCUUUAGAUGGACGCCCGGUUUACAACCUGAGCAAUGGACUCGUUGGCCCCAGGGAAGUCGACAGCCGGUGUGUGGAUGUCGGCGCGGCGGUGGCGGGUCUCCCUCUGUCGACAACCAGCAGCUACGGAACCUUCACCCAAGUGUCAUCCUCCAUUAGCGGAGGAGCUGCUACCCCUAUACCGAGGACUAACGUUAACACUUACCCUGCUCCUAUGAGCCCUCCUCCGGCGCUUAACCAAGGGAGCAGCGACGUUUUCACGGAGGAUGGACGAUCAGAUCCUUUGUCAGUCCAGGCUCCCCCUCUAUCACCGACCGCUGGACCUCGGAAUACGGCUUUGGGAUCCAGUAAAUCCCCCAGCCAGUUCCCGAGCUCUAACCCUCUGCCUGAUCCGCGUCAAAGGACACGUAACCUCUCUGGAUCUCCAGGGCCAAAGGUUUCCAAGAAGGUGCACUUCAUCAAGAAUAUGAGGCAGUAUGAUACUCGAGGGAGCAGGGUUGUGCUGAUCUGUGCCAAGAGAUCCCUGUGUGCUGCUUUCUCUGUAUUGCCCUAUGGAGAGAGUUAUCACAUCAGUGACUCUAAGCUAGAAGCGCAGAGACAAAGACACUCUUCUGGUGGAGGAUCUGAUAUGGUUCCUGGACUGGAGGGUGUGGAGGUGGACUUUGGAAAGACAGUAUCAUAUGCCCGUUUCCUGCUGCCAACUAAUGCCUUGGUGAGGCUGAAGAGCAGUGGCCAAACUGACAUCAGCACAGCUCAAAUGCCAAUGUCACGAAACCGUAUCAACGGGCAAAAGAACUUCACUCCUUCCCGAAUCAGCAGCACAAUUGGGCAAGAUACAGGUGUGGACGAGCUGUCAGAGUAUGAUCCCAACUUACUGAGUGACCCUCAAUGGCCUUGUGGGAAGCACAAACGAGUCUUAAUUUUUGCAUCGUAUGUGACAACGGUUAUUGAGUACGUGAAACCAUCUGACUUGAAGAAAGACAUGAACGAGACGUUCAAGGAGAAGUUUCCACACAUAAAGUUGACAUUCAGCAAAAUCAGAAGUCUGAAAAGGGAGAUGCGUUCAGUGAGUGAGGAGUGUGGCCUGCAGCCGGUGACCAUCGCAAUGGCUUACGUUUACUUUGAGAAACUGGUUCUGCAAGGGAGGCUAAACAAGCACAACCGGAAGCUGGUGUCUGCCGCCUGCGUAUUACUGGCUGCCAAGAUCAGCAGCGACCUUAAGAAACAGGAGGUCAAGCAGCUGAUUGAUAGGCUGGAGGAGCGUUUCCGAAUAAACCGUAAAGAGUUGAUUUCCCUGGAGUUCACGGUUCUGGUUGCCUUGGAGAUGGCACUUUACCUCCCAGACAGCAAGGUCAUGCCUCACUAUCGCAGGCUGGUGCAGCAGGGCUGAAAAAAAAGGCACUUAAAGAGAUAGUACACCGCAAAAAUAAAGAUUCUGUCUUUGUUUACUCACCCUCAUGAUACUUAAAAGGAUUUAAUUACCCAUACUGUGUGUUCAGCGCAGAAAAAAAGUAAACAGAAAACUGACACUAGGAUUUAAAUGUCUACUGGUUUCCAACAUCAUAUAAAACAUCUUUAGUGACCAGCAGAUGAAAGUGGUGGGGUGAAUGAAUGAUGUCAGAAUAUUCAUUUUUGGGUGAACUAUCCCUUUAAGAGCUUCCCGUGAGGACCAGAGAGUUGAUUUUCAUCUUAUUCUGGAUGUUUUUUUAUUAUUAUUAUUAUUUAUUGAUCAAACAGAUCACAAAUAUUUCUAGUGGUCUCAUCUUCAGUCGUUUACUUUCUUCAUGGAACUGAUUUUAUAAAUCAUCUAGAAAGAAGCUUACUUUAAGCACAGAUUUGUUUCAUUUCUUCUUUUUUAAACAUUUUAAAACAUCAUUUAUCAAAGCCUUUUCUUAAGGAAUCGCUUUAUUUAUGCAAUAUUUUAUUUAUGAAAGAUCUUCAUUUUAAUUUAAGAACACUGACUAUAUUUUCGAUGACCUCACAUAGAUGUUUUUUUCUUGCUUUUCUGAUGGAUUUUGGCAUAUGUAUGGCAUUCCGAUGCGUAUCCAGCCAUGCACUCUAUGUUAGAGAUGACAUUUAAUGAGCACAUUAAUUGUGCUUUUCCUUCUCUCUCUCUCUCUCUCUCUCUUUUUAAUCAUCAAACAUUUACCAACUAGACUGUGGUUCAACAGUGGUAUGAUGUUCAAGCAGACACCUCAAUGAAUUUUAAGUAGCAUUGAAUGUAAAAAUAAUAUGUGAGUGCCAUUUUAAACAGUUAGUCUCAUGUUUAGAAACUGAAGCGUUUACCAGUUGUUCUUAUAGAUUCAAGUGUUUCUGAAUGUUUUGACAAGAACUCUCCCCCAGUUUUAAUGCACUGCACAGCUGGAAUUUAAGUGCGAGCUUAAUUGUGCACGUUUUAAACGGUACAGUAGUUUUUAAUAACUGAUAACUCCACACCUGUAUAUUCAGCUGUUGUGUAUUUGAAUCACUGACGAAAUGACCAGGUGAGUCUGUUUUGUGUUGUGCCGUGUUAAAAUAUGAGCUAACCUUUCUGAAUCUCUGGUUAGUGUUCAUAUCAUAUCGUCUUUUACCUGUUCGGUUGUUUGGAAAUGUUUAUACACCAUAGGAGUGGCCUAUGUUUACUUACACAACCUGGACAGUAUCACAGUGUGCAGCAUUACCACAAAUAUGCAACAUUGUUUCUUUUUUUUUUUUUUUUAUGUUUUUGGAAGAAGCAGAAGCACAGUCACCAUCUAGUGGUGAUGUUUUUAACAUGAUGGUUUUGUAUGGUGCGUUUGCUCCUUUCCCUCAGGGAUCCAGACUGGUUGAAGUUCACGUUUGAGGUCAAUAUCAGCUGUAAUUAAACUGGAGAGAAUUAUUUGUAAUCACUUUAAAGUAUAAAUCUUCACUGAGCAUUGAUGAAUGAAGUGCCUUUUUAUUACGGUUUCAUCUGUCAUGCCAUUUUCUACACAUCUCGCUUUUUAAUUCUUGUUUUAAAGUGUAAUCGCACCCCUGGACACACUAUGAUCGUGACAGUAGGAAAACCAAGAGGCGUGUUGAUGGAAACCUCACUUCAUGUGAAAACAGUCACUCCUGUGAUACUGUCGUAGAAGCUUUUUUCCAGGAUGUAAAAUGAUACAAGCACUGUGAAGGAAUCCUGUGAUGUUUUUUUGCAUGAGUUGUUAUUUAGUGAUUGUUUGUUUGAGUCUGUGAAUUUCUGGCAGAUUUAUUCUUCAAAAUGGUAUAUUUUAGCAGAAUGUGUAUAGAAUGAUGUGAGGCUGGUUUUGCAUCGCCCGAUUAAAUAGCGACAGGGUGAAAACUGAACCAAAAAAAACACAUUGGUGUUUAUUGGGUGGUGUGAGCCGGCGUUUUUGGACUUGACUGUUCACAGGGUUCUAUCCGUUGUGCUGUGUAGAUGUUGUGUUUUUGUCUUUUUUUUUUCUAUUUGCAUUUAUAAAGAUGUUUUUAAUUGUU